AUGAAGGAGAUCAUGAAACGCCUGGGCGCUGUCAGUGCUACUCGCCUUCCAGGAUGGGGAACGCGUGGUCCUCACUGCACUUGCUUGGAGACACUACGAGAUAUGGUCGCCAACCGAUGUCUGUGGUGUUUUUGUUGUCAGUUUCUAUCUAGAUUGCCUGAGGCUUUCAUGAGAGACUCAACUGAAUCUCUCGUUUAUGAUGUUCUACAACUGAAUGUGCUGCACACAGGCCGCCUCAUGUUUCAGUUGGCACGAUAUUCGAGAUAUCGCAGUAUAUUUUCAAGAAACAAACUACUCACAAGGUUGCUGAGAUCUCUUCGACAGCCCACGACCGGUUUCGUCCUUCUGUUUCGAGCUCAUCAGCUAGGCUCAGUCCUCGAGUUUCCACGCCACAUCAGAGGCGGAAAGAAAGACGCAUCAACGGUCAGAUUUGUGCUUGGCGAAUCCCGGAUAGUUCGAUCCACGGACAUUUCGUUGGCGCAUAUUUCCCCUAUGAAACGUUGCAUUUUCGAAUAUUUCAACCAGCUGAAACAUGAGGCGGCCUGGUGCAGAACAUUCAGUUGCUUGGAAACAUCACAAUCGACAGAUUCAGCUGGGUUCCAGACACACAUUCUUAAUUCGUCCCGAGAAAGAGGGUCUCGUAAAGAAUAUAAAAAAACAAUCAACCUAUUGAAGUACACUCAUUUGCAAAAAAAUUGGUUCUGUGGAGGGCUCACCUGGAACCCAGCUGAAUUUCUCGUGUGA